CUCUUUGAGUUUAUUUGACAUUGAAAAUGGCUUCGUCUGCGCCACAGGGAUCUGUUGAUCCUCUCACCGGGAAAGAUCCGGCGAAGGCUUUAACAGCUGUAGCGUCUGGAUUCUUCGAGAAUGUGAAGAAGAACAAGCAAAGCUUCUUCCAGUUCUUCGCCAUGACUGGGAUUUUGCUUCUGAGUUUCCGAUCGGUAAGUCAGAAGUACCGAAUUCACGAUCUGGAGGAAGACACUGCUGUUCUCAAGAAGGAGCAAGAUAGUUUGACGAAUCGUAUGAGUAAAAUCAAAAGCGAUCUUCUUCAUCAAGCUUCGAUUGACUCUACCGGCGUCUUUGCUUCUCGUCUCCGUCUACUUUUCGGCGACGAUAAAAAGUGAUCGGAGAUUUGAUUGGUUUAAGUUCAACGAGGUUACCAUUUUCUUACUCGUGUGAUGGUUAUUGUAGUUCUGAAACACAUGUCUCUGUCUGUAAUGGCUUUGUCUUUAGAUUGGAAGGUUUUAGCUAAUGAAUGAGUAGGGUUUUA